AUGUUCGUGGUGGUGGUGGUUCUAAUUUUUUCUUCUUCCAGCAUCUCCUUGCUCUCAGAAGCUGCUGCUCAUUUACUAGACGAGAAAAAAGAAAUUUCACUUCCAUUCGUCAUUGACUCGACAACCAUUGACACGUUCAUGAAACUCGUCAUCUUUUCACAACAACAACAACGAACGACAACCAUGGCCACUGCUGCCAUUCUAAGUUCUAACUCUUCCAUUGUAAUGCUUUCAUUGAGACGUCGACAGGAACAAUCAUUGAGUUCCUUGAAAGGUGGAACGACGACUCUUCAACAACUUGUCAAUAACCAAACAACAAUACACAUGUUCUCCUUUGAUUUGGAAUCUGAUGAUACAACACGUCAGCAUGCAUUCAAAUCGAGUGUUGCUUUGGCUCUUUCUAUGCAUCAAAUCAAACCCCUGAAAUUGGUUGAAGUGAAUAACAUGUUGUGUGAUUGUAUUUUGGGAAAUCCUUUCGUUGACUCGAAACAAAUUGAAUUUUUAACCACAACGGAUCGAGAUAUUCCAAAAUUAAUACGGCAAAUCCGAGAACAAAAGAAACAACCUUUUCAAUAUUUGCAAUGGAGUGACUUUGAUAUGUCCAUACUUUCUCCAUAUGAAAUUCAAUAUAUUGUGUCGACGUCUUCAUUCUCGAAUAUCACGAGGCUCGAUGACUCUCAUGGAGUGGUUCAAAGUUUGAAAGAAGACAUGAUUUCGUGUUUGACAACGAUGAAAUAUUGCACAACAAACAAUUCAUCACCUUUAUGUUAUGAAAAACAUGAUUUUUGUUGGUUGAGGAGACUCCAAAACUUUUUCGAACUUUCACAAUCUGAAUGGUUUGUGAAUGUGACCAAUCGAAUUCUCUCCACUGUGAGAAAAUCCAUGCCAACAGAUGAUAGCAUGCUAUGGUGGAAUAUCAGCCAUUCGUUGUGGAGAAUGUUUUGA